AAAGUCGAGGGCUCAACGACAUGCCAAGAUACGGUUUUCAUGAAGCCCCGAAGACUGUCACAGCCAUGGAACGAGGGUGCCCGCAGAGUGAGCGUGUAUGAUCCGGUGAUGCUGGCUCGGCGAAGGGCAACAAAAGUUAUGGUGUUAGAGAAAAGACGCAGGGAGCAGGAGAAGAAACAGCAAAGGGUUAAAUUCAGGUUCCUGCCACAACUUGAAGAGCCAUAUGCUGGCGUGCUACAAAAGGCUGCACGUCAGGCAAAGCCCACUGCCAGUGCCCAGCAGACCUCCAGAAUGGUAGCGCGCUUGCAGCACGCUCAGACUGAGGCGAGACGGCUCCAGGUGCUGAUGGCCUCCAAGCGCAAGGAGGUCGAAGCUGAAAUCCGGAGCGAAUACGAGCAGUGCACACAGAGGCUGAGCAUGGAGAGGAGCCAGAACCCCUUCCACCGCCUGCUGGAGGGUGACCCUCGUCCUGCCUACAUUGUGAGACGGGACUAUGACCGGCAGCUGGGAGAGAGGCUGAAGGGGAAGGACAGGUGCCAAAGCCCUGCAGGGCAGACAGCACCAGAGGGGUGGCAGAACAAGCCACAGCUCCCGCGGACAUCACGGGAACAGAAAGGAGAGAAGACCAGGCUCUUGGACCGCCGUGGGAAGGCCCAGGGCCUGUGAGGCGGCUUGCAGCUGCCGCGGCCGUAGCCAUCACGGCCUACACCAAAACGCUGCUUCAGGCGCCAGCAACACCCAGGCGCACUCAGGCAGAACCUCCCACCGCUGCACACUGCCAUCUUUGUAGGGGAGAGCUGGGGGAGAGCUGUCAGCAGCGGGACACCUUUCCA